CUAUCACACCAUUGAGCCAUUCCCCGCCUUCUAGAGCUCCCUCUCACUUCCGUUGACAUAGUGUGAACAUGGCGGCAAAGGAAACUACUAACAGUCAUCAAACUGAUGUGGAGACUAUCGUCAACCGCUGGCUAGUGGAUUAUUAUUUGCUUCGAGCUAUAGAGUCUUUUAAAAAUAACCAAUAUGCGGACUUCUGUAGCAUUAGAGAAGUACUUGAAAGUGUCAUGAGACGUGUUCUGCCGUCCACUGAUGCCAUGUCAAUGAAGAUUAGAGUGCUGCAGUUUCUCUCCCGGAUAAAUGAGGGUGAAAGACUUGACGUCUUUUUUGACUCUGAUGAGUCAAAAACUCCUCUGGAAGCAGCCUUUGUGGUGCUGGAACACAUGAAAAAGGAAUUUAGUAUCCCACAGGAGGACUUUGAGAAUGUAUGUGCUUUGGUUAAAGAGAUGAUUGUAGUUACUUUAAUUAAGAACAAUGAAUUUGACAAAGCGAAAGAGGUCCUGAACAAACAUUUUCCAAAACCAAUGGUUGGCAAGAAAGCUAUAUUCAUGGGUCUCGUCCGUCAGAAGAGUAGGGUGCAUGAAGUCAUCGAGCAAUUCAACUUCUGCCGGUUUAAGGAAGAGAUGUUGGCAUUUUGCCAGAGGUUAUUCCCAGUCAGUGCUCCCUUUCUAAUGACGGCUGCAGAACAGCUUAUUGAUAAAAGACUUGCCCAGCAAGACGACAAGGCAGCUGGACUUGAUGAGCAAGACGAACCUGGCCCAUCCUGUCGUCCAGAAAUAACCACCAUCCUUAAACAUACAAUUAUCCAGAGGGCCAGACUGGAAGCAGCCUACAAGGCUUGGCCUGCACAUUCAGAUGAGAGAACAUUUGCUCAGCUGAUGGAGGAGGUGGAGAGAGAGGCACAGGCAGGAAAAGAAAGCCUUUCUCUGCGUCUCUCACCUACUCCCAAGAAGGGCACCAAUCAGGAAUCAGAGCAGGAGGCACUGUUUCAGAGAGAUUCAGGCAGCCCGAUGGAGGCUUCCCCAGCAGACCAGCCAUCACAGACAGAGGCCGUUCCUCAAACACAGGCAGGUUCACUCUCAAAGACGCCUCCGGUGCUGAGGAACAGACGGCCUUACACUGUGGCGCAACUGGUGGUCGAGCCAGACAGCCAGGUGAGCUCGCAGUGCACAACAGCUUCUCAGGAGCUAGAGACCGAAGUCCAAACAGAAGAGCCACCACAGUCACCAACUAUAACUAAUAAAGACCCGCAGAGCCCACUAACAGACAAUGAAAUUACCAGACCCUCACGGAAGCACCCCAGACGAGCCAGGAAAAGUCACAGCAGACAGUUGUCAACAGACAGUGAGGAGGAUGCUCCUGGCUCUGUCUUCACUGGGGAAGUUUGUGUGGGAAAUCUCCAUAACCAGUCCAUAAACAGUUCAACCAGCAGAAAAUCAAAGAAGUCAAAACAGUCAUCAUCACACAGUGAGGAAGACCCACAGGAGUCUGCGGCCUCCCUCAGAACCCCAGUGCGGAAAACACGUAAACAACUGGCCCACGAUCCUCUCAGCAUGGAUCCAGGUGAUGCAGAUAACGUCCGUAUUCUAGAUUCUUCAUUGGACAGCUCACCCAGCGUGGUCCCUCAGACAAGCUCCACUCCACACAAGGGCUCCCCUCAAGGCAAAGAUCCCCCCAUUCCAAAAUGGAAACAACUUUACAAUAAUGCAAAGGAGAGUAAGGACACAUGGAGUGAUGAAGAGUCAUAUUUCACCUCCAGAAAGAACAGCGGAUUGGACGAGAGCGGUUAUUCGGGCCACAGGAAGAGGAAGUGGACUGAAGAUGAGACACAGAGGUUGAAAGAAGGGGUCAAAAAAUUUGGAGAGGGGAACUGGAGUAGGAUAAAGGCAUAUUACAGCUUCAAAGACCGAACAAAUGUUCAGCUUAAGGACAGAUGGAGAACAAUGAAGAAGUUAAACUUACUCUGAGAGGUUCAAGAUGAAUCUGAGUGGACUUUAUCCCACAAGGUGGGAUACAGUUGUUGUUCAGCACAAUCCCAGCUUCUUUUUUUGUUUAUUUCUCCUGUUUUCUGUAUUAAUUAUGUUUAAAGGUACAAUUUAUGUUCACAAGUCGUUCUAGAUCAAUAAAUUUUCAGGGUUCAAUUUGUAA